CAUGUACCGCCAAAUAUUACUACGGAAGAAGGGAUGUACUUAUCAAAGAUUUUCUGCAGUGUGGUCAAGCGUUUAUUAGUCGAAACAGACUUUCCUGUCAAAAAUGGACUCGCAGGCUGCCACGCAUCGCUAUUAUUUGUAGAGCAUUCCGAGGAUUUACAUAUUGAAAUGCACGUGUCACCUAGAGAAGGUUAUACGAUCAAAGAAAAAAUAUUACGUGUACUCUCCGAGGGAGUUUUGAGAGAUAUGAUGAAUAGCUUGCAAACUAAUGAAAUCCAAACAUCAACUACAGUGAAUGCUUUCCCGACAGAACAUUCAACGUUGUCUGGCAUAAAUUUCGGAGAAUAUGAAACAACCACCAAUCAGCAAUCCCGUGUUGUAAACGAUAACAAUAUUUACGAAAGCACGCCUGUUCCUAGACGUGAACUUGUAAAUCAAACAGGUACUGCUGCUUUGCCUGUCUUGCAAGACACAACAACGGAAGGCCAUACUACUUCGGUAUCAGGUGAAGCAGACAAUAAUCAAAACAUUGCUGCUGACGGAAAAGAAAUAAAUGUAGACGUAACAAUAUUGCCUUCAAAUUUUGAAAACCCUACAACCCUCCCACCAAUUAUAAUGCCAAAAGAGACGGAGCCAGCCAUCAUUUUAAAUUCUGAACACUUAAAAACAUACGAGACCAGUACUGGCAUGGAAGCGACAACAGUUCUACUGGAUGAAACGACUAAAAUUCCUGAGACUACAUCGACAACAGUUACUGUUCAACGAUCGGAUGGCCCAAUUUUCAAAACUCAAGAUUCAGUCACGGAUUUCAGAAGUUUUACCUCUACGGAAACCCCAAAAGAUAAAGUACCUUGGCUGAUAGAACCUGUACCAGUAGUAACCAAACUUUUUAAUCCAGUGCCUGUAGAUAUCGCAAACAAUAUCUUUAAUGGUAGCAGCAGAAUUGGUCUCCCGAAUAUAAGACCACCACUUAAACAAAAAGAAUCACCAAAAAUAGUAGAGUCGCUUAUGGCGGGCGGUGUCAUGAAAUUACCUUUUAAAACUAACUCGAAUUUCAGAUUCCUAUUUUCCAGCGAUUCAAAGAUGAAGCCUGUAAAACAAAACAUUCUGAGUAGCCCUGGAGUGGAAAUAAAAGUGAAAAGUGACAAUGCAAUGGACGCUUCAAACACAGAUAUAAAUAAUAAAGCAUUUAAUUCUCAAAAUAUCAAAUACUCCAGGACAGAGGUAUUAGAUUUGUUUACAGAGAGACCAAAAUCUCUAAAAAUUCUUAGAACUCUUAGAGCGCCAACAUCCUCAACUAAGUCGGUUGUGCAAAGAAAGGCAGACCUCCAAAAGAAUCCAAAACGAGCAAUUGAUGUUACAGAAUUUGGAACUCAAAGACUAGUCUUAAAAGUUUGAUUUAGAUAUUUGAAAAUGUCAUAUGUGCAGAUAAUUAAAGAUAUUAAAGGAAGCACUACAGAUUCUCAAAAUGUGAAAAAAAUUCUCGAAAGAACGAUUGCGAAAAGGCGAAAAUACGAUGACAAAAAAAUGUGUGUUCUCGCAUUUAUAUUAUUGUAUUUUCGCGUUUCAUCAUCUUGUUUUCGCAUUUCGUGUUUUCAUCAUCGUACGUUCGCAUUUGUUUGUAAUUUUCCUUUCGUUAUUUUUCUGUUUUCGCAAAAUUAUGAUUUAGUUCAUUGACAGGCGAAUAUGCUAAUGGCUCUAAUGGAAUUCCGUAAAUUUAAGAUACAAGAUACAAUGCGACACAAACUGGAAACAAUAAGUAGAGGAAAUAUACAAUGCGACACAAACUUGAAACAAUAAGUAGAGGAAAGCUAAGUGUUAUCAUAAUUAAUUUCAACCGCUCCUGGUGAACGAGGUGAACUUUAACUCACUUUCGAAAUCUAUUGCAACAUGACGUGGCUUUCACAUCUCUCGAUGACAGACCACUCUUCACAUUUAUUUCUUUAAGUGGUUAUACAAAUGUAGUUCACAAAAUAUACACCUUCAAUUUCUCUUAAUUAAAGACGAACUCGAGUUGUAUAUUUUUAUUUCUAAUGGACAUCUUAGUGGUUUUCUGUCUAUUACAAAUGUUUUUUGUAUUUGUUUUUAUUUUCCUCUUUGUUGUUGUUUUAGAUGUUUUUGUUGUUGUUGUUGUUGUUUUGUUUGUUGUUGUUGUUGUUUGAUAUUUAUACUCGUUCUUACAAGUUUGUGUUUGUUUACAGUGAUAUAAAAUA